UCUGUCCCAGAAACCCACCAUCAGUUGCGCCAGUCUCUCUGCACGGACCGCUUCUACGGCACGGCUUUAGCGCAGGCUUCCUGACGAAAAUGGAUGUCAACAGUACGCCUAGAUAUGUAUCUAGUACAGAUACCAGCGGUUUCACUAACUCAUUUAGGCGGGAGGACGCCGACGCGGAGGCAGCGGCCCCGGCGACCCCCGACCCCGGCUGCGGCAGGGACGCCGAGCGCUACCACAUGGCGCACGCGCGCCGCGGCGUCGCCCUCGUCCUGAACCACGAGCGCGUGGGCGGCAUGGAGCAGAGGAAGGGCACCGCCAAGGACUGCCAGGACCUGGUGCGCGCCCUCGAGGGCCUGGGCUUCGAGGUGGACGUGCGCCAGGACCUGUCCUGCCUCGGCGUCAAGGCCUGUCUGCGGGCAGUGGCCGCCCUGGACCACAGCGACGCCGACUGCCUGGUGGUGGCGGCGAUGACCCACGGCGACCCGGACCUGCUGUUCGCCAGCGACGGGGCGUACCCGGUGAAGGACCUGUGGCAGCCCUUCACGGCGGACAAGUGCCCCAGCCUGGCGGCCAAGCCCAAGCUCUUCUUCGUGCAGGCAUGCCGGGGCAAGAAAGUGGACGACGGUGUGCGUGUGACCCAGACGCUGGAACGCGACUCCAUUGACGGCAGCUUGACCAGCUACACAAUACCCAUACAGGCAGACAUCCUAGUGGCUUAUUCCACGGUAGAAGGCUACUACUCGUGGAGGAACCCGAGGAACGGGUCGUGGUUCAUCCAGUCGCUGUGCAAGGAGCUGCGUGUGAACGGCGCCUCGCACCAUCUGCUGACCCUGCUGACGUUCGUGUGCCGGCGCGUGGCCGUCGACUACCAGUCCGCGGUGCCCUUCAACUACGAGAUGGACCUCAAGAAGCAGGUCCCCACCAUCACCUCCACCCUCACCAGGCUCGUCUACUUCCCGAGCAAGAAGGGCCAUGCUGGCUGACCCCGGUCCUCACGCUGCACUUCCGAGGACUGCUUUCCCGUCACUUCUCUGCGCAUUUUUGCCAUGCAUAUCAUUAAUAAUAUAAAUAACAACUUAAAUACACAGAAAGACACUUAAAGUGCUGUUCCCGAAAGAGAAAUUGUAGAUUAUCCGUGAAGCCAGUAGUGGCCAUAGACUUUGCGGGGCCCUGGGCAUUUUACUAUUAUGGAGGCCCUCCCCUGGAAAAUGGGAAAAUAUGCUCUCUCAAACAACAUUAAUAACCCAACCUGUAACUUGAAUUUCGUCGGUGGUUUUGAAAAUUUAUUUUAGGCUAUUUUGAUACUCCUUCCUGAUAAAUUACCCUCAGGUCAGUUUUAUGAAUGUUUACCAUCAUAUUUCCUGCAGAAUCGCGUCAUAAUACUUGGCAAUAAAAUAUUUGUAUUGUUCUUUAUAAUACGGAAUCAUAAACUGAAAAUAUACAUUGAGCAUCAAAUUCAGUUAUAAGAAAAUACAAAUUCAAUUUUCCUUUACCCAAUAAUUUCCACGGCUUGCUCGUCCCUGGAGCCACCCCUGCGUGAAGCUGUGCAUGAGCGAGGGGAGAGACUGUCAUUAAUUCCUGUACAGACACGUAAAUAAUUUAUAGAAAGACGGUGUGCUCAAACUGAUCGUAAAACAUAAGGUUAAUUUCAGCUUUUUCUGGACGGCCAGUGGUAUGGGGUCGCUUCUGGCACAGGUAGGGACGUCCAUCCUUGCAUUGCCAAAAAGGUUUUUACUGUCACGUUUGCCAGUUUACUCCAGCUGCACUUAAGUCUUUUCUCUGCGAUAUAUUCUUGCUACCUAUGAUCAAAAACUGACUAAAUUUAUGUUUGCUGUUGAAACUGGGAGAAAAAUUCAUGUUUACCUACGCUUUUAGAUUUAUCGCUCUAUAACUUCAGAUAUUCGUAAUAUUUGUUUAAUGUAAUGGGCUCUUUUGAAAAAUACAGGGGGCUUAAAGAAAUAGAUUUCAUAGUAUCCGAUCGUUUUAGGAACACCUUUUUAACAAUUUCCACGAUGUAAUACUAUUAACUAUAUGGAGCAAUCCAUUAUUAGGUAUAAAUAAUUUUUUAUUUGCCCAAAUGUAUUAAAACAUUUUGAGCGCUAUUUUCUUAACUUUUUUUUCAUACUCAUAAUAAUAGCCUUAUUACUAAUUGAAUUAUUUAGAAAAUUACUUUGUAUUUAUAGGUAAAUAUCAUUACUAUGCAAUCAGGAUUGAAAGUUCUUAAUGGAUAGUAUUUUACAUAAAGAGGUUCGUUGUGAAGCUCUGACCUAACCUUGACCUUGCAAUAACAUGUCAGAGAGAGCGAUUUUUCUUUAUUUCAAAUAUAUUCUUAGUUGAUGAGCACCUGAUAAGUACCUAAACGGUUCAGUGAUUCUUUUGCUUUAGAAGGUCCCACGGGUGAAUGUAUAUAUUUGCAUUCAAAGCUAAGCAAAACCCUCGGUAUCCACACUGCAACGUUGCCAGGGCUUUCAGUCACCAGCAAUGAGUACUAACACCUCAACAUUAAACAUGUUUUGCAAAAUAUUGACUACUGUGAUAUUGUUAUUUUCUGUAAAAUAAUUAAUUUUGUACAUAAUUGAUUAGCCGCAUGUUCCUAUAUAGGCUAGUAGCUACUAAUUAUGAUGUUACAAUAAAACAUUGUUUAAAAAAUA